AUGGGAUUGAAGAAUCAGCAUAAAAAAUGUCUUAGAAUAUCGGAAGAAAGGAAAACAGUUUUGAUUGUUGCAUUCCGAAUAUUUGUUGCUGAACUUUAUUGGAUUCCAUUUAGAGACUCUCAUAACGAGCUCUGUUUCAAAUUUCAUCACGCAAGAUGUCAAAAUAAAUUUAUUUAUGCAGAAUGUGUGCAUGGAAGCACGUGCGAAUGUUGCAAACUUCUUAGAAUUAAUCGUUUGAUUAUGCAAAUAUCUGAAAUUUCUACAAAUCUCUUCGAAUGUUCUGAACUUCAAAAUGAUGAUGGACAGAACGGAUUCGAUUUGAUUCCACCAUAA